GGUCUCUUCCUCUACCCCUCCCUCCUCCCUCCCGCAAUCCAGCUCCAUCUCCUCGAUACUCUCCUCCACCGUGACCUCUCCAAUCCAGAGCACAUGACAAACGUCCACUUCCACCACCACCUCCCCUACCCCACCAAUAAAGACCAAUCCUCCUUCUUCAGCCCCUCUGCUUCAAUCCUCUCCUUCACGCCCAAAGACCCAGCUCUCCACAAACCCCUCACCACCCAGCAAUUCCUCAACAAAAAGCUCCGCUGGCUUACUCUCGGCGGCCAAUACGACUGGACGAAUAAAAUCUACCCCAACGCUGAACCCCCGCCCUUCCCACCAGACAUCAAAACUCUGAUCGAGGAGAUUUUCCCCAUGAAAGCCGAAGCUGCGAUUGUCAACCUCUAUUCCCCUGGUGAUACACUCAGCCUGCAUCGUGAUGUUAGCGAAGAGUGCAAUCGGCCGCUCGUUAGUAUUUCCCUUGGCUGCGAUGGGCUUUUCCUCGUGGGAUUGGAUGGAGAUGAUGAAGGGGGAGAAUCGAGGAUGGCGGUUAUUAGGCUGCGGUCUGGGGAUGCUGUGCUUAUGAGUGGUGAGAGUAGGUAUGCUUGGCAUGGUGUGCCCAAGGUCGUGGAAGGGACGUGUCCGACUUGGAUGGAGAAUUGGCCGGCAUUUGAGGGAGUAGAGGGGAAAGAAGGGGUUGACGAUGACUUUGCGAAGUGGAAGGGCUGGAUGAAAGGCAAAAGGGUCAACUUGAACGUACGGCAGAUGUUCGAUCGAGGAGACCCCGCAGCCUGA